AUGGAGACAGACCACCCGAAAAGAAGACAGCUGUGUGGCGACAACUACUUGCUUGGCGACUGGCAGUGUCUGCUUAAACACUUGCGCCUCUCUCUUUCACCCAACCACUUCGGGGUUAGGGCAGACAUAUCUUUUUCAAUUGGAAGAUUGGAACAACAGUCUUUACAACGAUUUGGCCUAAUAUCACACACACACACACACACACACACACAAACUGAUCUAUCUCCCUCUUGCACUCUCUUUCUCUAUCUCCCUCUUGCACUCUCUUUCUCUAUCUCCCUCUUGCACUCUCUUUCUCUAUCUCCCUCUUGCACUCUCUUUCUCUAUCUCCCUCUUGCACUCUCUUUCUCUAUCUCCCUCUUGCACUCUCUUUCUCUAUCUCCCUCUUGCACUCUCUUUCUCUAUCUCCCUCUUGCUCUCUCUUUCUCUAUCUCCCUCUUGCACUCUCUUUCUCUAUCUCCCUCUUGCACUCUCUUUCUCUAUCUCCCUCUUGCACUCUCUUUCUUUCUCUACUCUCUUUCUCUAUCUCCCUCUCCCUCUUGCUAUCUCCCUCUCUCUCUAUCUCCCUCUUGCACUCUCUUUCUCUAUCUCCCUCUUGCACUCUCUUUCUCUAUCUCCCUCUUUUGCUCUCUCUCUUUCUCUAUCUCCCUCUUGCCCUCUCUCUUUUCUCUAUCUCCCUCUUGCACUCUCUUUUUCUCUAUCUCCCUCUUCCUCUCUUUCUCUAUCUCCCUCUUGCCUCUCUUUCUCCUAUCUCCCUCUUUGCUCUCUUUCUCUAUCUCCCUCUUGCACUCUCUUUCUCUCUCCCUCUUGCACUCUCUUUCUCUAUCUCCCUCUUGCACUCUCUUUCUCUAUCUCCCUCUACUUAAUUGUAAUAACCCCAAUAAUUGCUUUACAGUUUUCAGGCCGCCUUAUAUUUUCUUUCUCUCUCUGUCAUUUAUGCUUGAUUUGCAAGGAUUAUAA